CUUACGUCUACUAUCCCAGGCGUCUGCACAUCUCGCGAGAACUGGAAGAGCCUAUGUGACCUGGGCUAAGCGGAAGUUGGGUCUCUUUUUCGUGGCGCCUCGGAGGCUGUCGGCCACUUCAGAAUGAAGCUGAACAUCUCUUUCCCGGCCACUGGCUGCCAGAAGCUCAUUGAAGUGGACGAUGAACGAAAACUUCGUACCUUCUACGAGAAGCGUAUGGCCACAGAAGUUGCUGCUGACGCUCUGGGUGAAGAAUGGAAGGGUUAUGUGGUCCGAAUCAGUGGCGGGAACGAUAAGCAGGGUUUCCCCAUGAAGCAGGGUGUCUUGACCCAUGGCCGAGUUCGCCUGCUACUGAGUAAGGGGCAUUCCUGUUACAGACCAAGGAGGACUGGAGAGAGAAAGCGCAAAUCUGUACGGGGUUGCAUUGUGGAUGCCAAUCUGAGUGUUCUCAACUUGGUCAUUGUGAAAAAAGGGGAGAAGGAUAUUCCUGGACUCACUGAUACUACAGUGCCUCGUCGCCUGGGUCCCAAAAGAGCUAGCAGAAUCCGCAAACUUUUCAAUCUCUCUAAAGAAGAUGACGUCCGCCAGUAUGUUGUGCGAAAGCCCCUAAACAAAGAAGGUAAGAAACCUAGGACUAAAGCACCCAAGAUUCAGCGUCUCGUGACUCCACGAGUUCUGCAACACAAACGCCGGCGUAUUGCUCUGAAGAAACAGCGUACUAAGAAAAACAAAGAAGAGGCUGCAGAAUAUGCUAAACUUUUGGCCAAGAGAAUGAAGGAGGCCAAAGAAAAACGGCAGGAACAGAUUGCCAAGAGACGGAGGCUGUCCUCUCUGAGAGCUUCUACUUCUAAGUCUGAGUCCAGUCAAAAAUGAGAUGUUCUAAGAGUAACAAAUAAAUAAGAUCAGACAUCAAA